AUGGGGCGGCGGGUGGCGGCUGCCGCGGCCGAAGCGGAGCGGCAAGCGCUGCGGCACAUAGUGAGGAACACGGGGCGCGCGGCAGAGGAACGGGUACGGGCACAGGCGCAGCUUGCAGCCAUGGAGGGGCAAACGAGGAUGGGGCGGGUUAAGAACCGGUGUAUCGAGACGGGGCGAGGACGGGGAGUGCUGAGGGACUUUGGGAUGUGUCGGUACCAAUUCCGGGUGAAUGCUCUGGCGGGGCGGCUGCCGGGGGUAAAGAAGGUGGGUAGCCAGGUGGGGGACCAGAGCUUAUGGCAGGCAAGCUGGUAG